GCAGAGGGGAGCUGGGGGUGCUUGGAUCCCGAGCGAGAGCUGUGGGCUCAACGGCUACCGCAGAUAUAAAGACCUGAAGGUAGUGUUUUCUCCAAAGAUGGAAAACAGUACCACUGUCAUUUCACGGGAGGAACUGGAAGAGCUACAAGAAGCAUUUAAUAAAAUAGAUAUUGACAACAGUGGGUAUGUUAGUGACUAUGAACUUCAGGACCUGUUUAAGGAAGCAAGCCUUCCUCUGCCUGGAUACAAGGUGCGCGAAAUUGUGGAGAAAAUUCUAGCAGUUGCUGACAGCAGCAAAGAUGGCAAAAUCAGUUUUCAAGAGUUUGUGUCACUGAUGCAAGAGUUAAAAAGCAAAGACAUCAGCAGGACAUUCCGCAAAACAAUUAACAAGAGAGAAGGAAUUACUGCUAUUGGAGGAACUUCAUCCAUUUCCAGUGAGGGCACACAGCAUUCUUAUGCAGAGGAAGAAAAAGUGGCUUUUGUUAACUGGAUCAACAAAGCCCUGGAGGAUGACCCUGACUGUAAGCAUCUCCUACCCAUGAAUCCCAAUGAUGGCAGCCUUUUCAAGUCACUUGCAGAUGGCAUCCUUCUUUGCAAAAUGAUCAACUUAUCUGAACCAGACACAAUUGAUGAAAGAGCCAUUAAUAAGAAAAAGCUCACCCCUUUCACUAUUUCUGAAAACUUAAACCUAGCCCUGAAUUCUGCCUCAGCCAUCGGUUGUACAGUGGUCAACAUUGGUGCACAGGAUCUUAAAGAAGGAAAACCUCACUUGGUCUUGGGACUUCUCUGGCAGAUCAUCAAAGUUGGUCUUUUGGCUGAUAUUGAGAUUUCCAGGAACGAAGCUCUAAUUGCAUUGCUAAAUGAAGGUGAGGAUCUAGAAGAGCUGAUGAAGCUUUCUCCAGAGGAAUUACUGCUGCGAUGGGUGAACUACCACCUGACCAAUGCAGGAUGGCACACCAUCAAAAACUUCAGCCAAGACAUUAAGGAUUCAAGAGCCUAUUUUCAUCUGCUUAAUCAGAUUGCACCAAAAGGUGACCGGGGUGAUGAACGUACCAUUACCAUUGACCUUUCAGGAUUUAAUGAGAAAAACGACCUGAAGCGUGCUGGAUUCAUGCUUCAAGAAGCAGAUAAACUGGGCUGCAAACAGUUUGUUACUCCUGCAGAUGUGGUUUCAGGCAAUCCUAAACUUAAUUUAGCUUUUGUAGCUAAUCUGUUUAACACAUACCCCUGCCUACACAAGCCUGAUAAUGACAUCGAUAUGAAUUUACUGGAAGGAGAGAGCAAGGAAGAGAGAACAUUUCGGAACUGGAUGAAUUCCCUGGGGGUCAACCCAUACAUUAAUCAUUUGUACAGUGACCUUGCAGAUGCUUUAGUGGUCUUUCAGCUCUAUGAAAUGAUCCGCGUGCCGGUCAACUGGAGCCAGGUCAACAAACCUCCUUAUCCUGCUCUUGGAGGGAACAUGAAGAAGAUUGAAAACUGUAACUAUGCAGUGGAACUUGGGAAGAAUAAGGCUAAAUUCUCCUUGGUCGGCAUUGCUGGGCAGGACCUAAAUGAAGGGAAUUCAACACUUACUCUGGCAUUGGUAUGGCAGCUGAUGAGAAGGUACACAUUGAAUGUGUUAUCAGAUCUUGGAGAGGGUGAAAAAGUAAAUGAUGAAAUUAUUAUUAAAUGGGUCAAUCAGACUCUUAAAAGUGCAAAAAAAAAUACUUCUAUAUCCAACUUCAAGGACAAAUCUAUUAGCACUAGUUUACCUGUCCUAGACUUAAUAGAUGCCAUUGCACCAAAUGCAGUUCGUCAAGAAAUGAUCAAGAGAGACAACUUAUCUGAGGAGGACAAGCUGAACAAUGCUAAAUAUGCCAUUUCAGUUGCUCGAAAGAUCGGUGCCCGGAUAUAUGCCUUACCUGAUGACCUCGUAGAAGUGAAACCAAAGAUGGUUAUGACCGUGUUUGCAUGCUUAAUGGGAAAGGGACUGAAUAGAAUAAAAUAAUGAAACAUUUAAUGAUUUUCUGCCACAUUAAACACAUUGAAUGUCUCACAGUUUACAGAAUUCUGAAAUGUAGUGGGUAUAAAACCAGAGAUUAUUUGUAUGCUUAGACUAGUUGUAUAAUUCAUUAAUGAAUUCAGUAUCUUUUUCAUACUACUUAGACUUUGUCAACAUUUUUGGAUAACGCAAUUAAUUUACCAGUCAAUACUGAUAAUAAUAUGCUCAUUAUCAAGCUGAUAUUUCAUAAUUAAAUUAUUUUCAUUUUCUGAAAGUCUUAUUAAAACAAAUUCAUUCUUUUUCAUGGUUCAAAAAAGAUCAGUGUAGAAAUUUUUUUGCAUGUCCUGCUGUGCUUUGAUUUGUGUGUGUGUGUAUUUGUUAAUUUUGAUCACAAAUGUAUUCUAAGUCAUUAUCCAGGUUCUCUUAUUUUUUCCUCCAACUAUGUGAGCUUCAGCUUUUCUGUAAAUUUCUAUAUUGUCUCAAAUUUUUAAGUGACAAGUAUUGUUCAUUAAAACUUUUUUAUAUAUGAGAACUAACUCUUGAAUAAACACCAAAAUACAUUCUCUUGUAUAAGUAGCAGGAGCUUUUUACUUAAAACUUAAUUUUGGGGCACCUGGGUGGCUCAGUCGUUAAGCGUCUGCCUUCGGCUCAGGUCAUGAUCCCAGGGUCAUGGAAUCGAGCCCUGCAUCCGGCUCUCUGCUCGGCGGGAAGCCUGCUUCUCCCUCUCCCACUCGCCCUGCUUGUGUUCCCUCUCUCGCUGUCUCUCUCUGUUAAAAAAUAAAUAAAAUCUUCAAAAAAAACACAAAAAAACUUAAUUUUAACUGUACUGAUACUUUAUGUAUGCUAGUUUAUAAUACAGCUUUAACUAUGCAGCAUAUAUGUUGGUAGGCUGUUAUUAGAGAAAUAUGUGUGUGUGUAUAUAUAAUUUUUUUUUUUUGCAUCUGAAUUACCCAGGUCUUCUUAAGUGGUAUGUAUAACUGGUCAGUCAGGCAACCAUUAAGUGUUUAUCAUGGUCCCACUACGUGUAUAAUAACUUUUUAGUUUGUAGAUAUUUGGUACAUGAAGAUUUCUUUUAGAAAAUAUUCAUUUUGGAUGUGCAUAUAGCUAUUUUUCAACUGACUUCUUCCACAUAUUUAUAGCAAAACAUUGACUACAGCAUCUCAAAACAUGUUAAUUUUGACCUAUACUGAAGCCCUAAUUUAGAAAUUGCCCACAUCUUUAGCAGAAAAUAACACAAAGCUAAUAUUCAACACAGAAUAUUUUCACAUGUUUUUUCCACAGCUUCCUACAAAUUGACAGUGUUUGGUUAAUGCUUGUGUUACUUGGGAAUAGCUAACCCUCAGACCUAUUUUUGUGUGAAUUUCUGUCAGCAGACAGAUUCUGCUGCUAAAAAAUGAAUUGAGAAAUCUGUUUCCUCCAUCAUCCACUGUGAGAGUGAGCGAUACUGCUAUGCAACAAAAAUGCUGUCACUUUAUCUCCAUGUGAAUGAGUAGUUUAAACCCCUCUUCUACCAUUGAUUAAAACAGGUUGGUAGAGUGAGACUACUCAUGUGUCUCAGAUUUUUUAAAUGAA